CAGAACGUCACGGCGCAGCUGUUCGGCGCCGAGGCCUACGGCACGCCGGCGGCCUUCGGAGACUUCAACUCGGACAAGCAGACGGACCUGUUCGUGCUGCGCGGCGGAAAUGAAUUGAUUAUCUUUUUGGCAGACCAAAAGGAACCUUACUUUAAGCCCCGUGUUAAGUUACCGAUGAAAUCUCUAGGUGUUAUCAUAACCAGUGUAGUUCCAGGAGACUAUGAUGGUGACUCACAAAUGGAUGUCCUCCUGACUACCCGCACACAAAAUCAUGGCAAAGAUGAACUUUCAGUGUUCAUUUUCUGGGGACACAACCAAACAUUAGAUCUUAACCAUAAAACUAUGAUAAAUAAGACUUUUCAUGAUGAGCCUCUAGUAAUGGACUUUAACGGUGAUUUGAUUCCUGAUGUCUUUGGUGUCACAGGUGAUUCAGAUAAGCCACAGAUACUGAUAGGCGGGAACUUAUCGCGGCACGCUGCACUGGACACCCAGAGUAGAAUGUAUGUGCCACACUCUCAUGCGUUUAUAGACUUAAAUAAUGACUUCACAGCUGACUUAUUCCUUACUACCUCAAAUCCUGACAUUCAGUUUGAGACUUGGAUAAAUAAGGAUGGGAACUUCUCUAAACCUGAAAAAAGUAAAGCAAAGCCUAGUGGUGCAGUGGUUGUUGGACAGUCUGUAUUUGCAGAUUUUGAUGGUGAUGGACGAAGUGAACAUUUGUUACCAGUAUGUGAAGAUGUAAACUGUCAAAAAAGUGCCAUCUACUUAACUAAGCUAGGAAUGGAUCAGUGGAUUCCAGUCUUGCAAGACUUCAGAAAUAAAGACACGCUUUGGGGCUUUGUAAAAAAUCAAACUGAUAAAACUACAUCAGAAGUUUCAUUUCCAAUGACUCUUCAUAUUGGAGAUUACAACAUGGAUGGCUACCCAGAUGCCCUUGCUAUACUAAAGAACACAUCUGGAAGCAAUCAACAAGCAUUUUUACUAGAAAAUGUCCCAUGUAAUAAUGCAAGCUGCAAGAGUGCACGUCGUAUGUUUAAAGUUUUUUGGGAGCUCUCUGACCUAAAUCAAAUCAAAGACGCGGUCGUAGCAACCUUCUUUGAUAUCUACGAAGAUGGAAUCUUGGAUAUCAUUGUAGUAAGCAAGGGCCACUCCAGUGAAGACUUUGCUAUCCAUACAUUAAAAAACAACUUUGAAGCAGAUGCGUAUUUUGUUAAAGUUAUUGUUCUCAGUGGCCUCUGUUCUAAUGACUGUCCUCGGAAAAUAACACCUUUUGGUGUUAAUCAGCCUGGUCCUUACAUCAUGUAUACAACUGUUGAUGCAAAUGGAUACUUGAAAAAUGGGUCAGCUGGACAGCUGAGCCAGUCAGCACAUUUUGCUCUCCAGUUGCCAUACAAUGUUCUGGGCUUGGGACGUAGUGCUAACUUCCUUGACCAUUUGUAUGUUGGAAUUCCUCGUCCUUUAGGAGAAAAGUCCAUAAGGAAACAAGAAUGGACAGCUAUCAUACCAAACUCCCAGCUUAUAGUCAUCCCAUAUCCUCAUAAUGUUCCUCGAAGCUGGAGUGCCAAGCUGUAUCUGACCCCGAGUAACAUAGUGCUGCUAACAGCUAUAGCCUUAAUUGGUGUCUGUGUUUUUAUCCUGGCAAUAAUUGGCAUAUUACACUGGCAAGAAAAGAAAGCAGAUGACAGAGAGAAGCGACAGGAAGCUCAUCGGUUCCAUUUUGAUGCUAUGUGACAUGCCUUAAUAUUUAUGGAGGAGCUGCUAUUCGUUUGCUUAAUUGAAAUACUAAAUUCUGAUUUGUAAAAUGAUUACUAUGGAAAAUACUGCUGGUGUGCUAUUUGUAAAUGUUGCAUUAUUUGGUAUUUAUUUGGAACAUAUUAAAAAUAGACCUGAAUGUCUCUUAAGGCCUUCCAGAAAAAAACUAAAACAAAAACAAAAAAAGCCUGUAUAUAAUAGCAUUUGGUCUUUAUUUAACAGAAGUGUACAUUAAUUUUUCAUAGUAAAAGGGAUAAUUUUGCAUGUACCGUUGUUUACAUACCACCAGUUCUUUAGUAAUAUAUUUGAUAGAAAGCUGUGUAAAUAAAGGUUAGUAUUUUAGUGAGCAGAAUACUUUGUUCCACUGACAUUGGUAUUGUUAUUUACGCAUUCCUGCAAAGUAAACUGCAUUUCAUAAUUUCAAAUUAAUCUUGAGCAAUUUCUCAGAUGACAUAAUCGUUAAUUGAUUGCUUAACUGAAAGUAUUCUGUAUUUCUCAUUGUUUAAGUUCAUAUGUGCAAUUGCUAAGGAAUUUGGGACUUGGGAAACUCAAAGAAACCUUCAGUGUUGAUGGUAGUUCAGUACUUGUGGGAUAGAUGCGGUAUUUAUACAUUAGUUCUAGAAAGAUGAUGGCACAUUAAAAAGAACUGAAGUAAUAAAAUGUA